UAAAGCUUCCCUGGCCAGCGCGGAGAUAGUUGCCCUGACGUGCGACGGCUGGACCUCGCGCACAACUGAAGCAUAUGUCACCAUCACGGCCCACUUUAUCAACGAGGAAUGGGAGCUCGUUACGUAUGUUUUACAAACCAGGGACAUGCCCGAGAGCCACACCGGACACAACCUGGCAGAACAUCUGACAAAGGCCGUCGCGGAGUGGGGAAUCAAAGAAAAGGAUCCAGUAAUCGUCACUGACAAUGCGUCAAAUAUGACAAUCGCAGCUGAGGAGGCAGCAUUCACACUUCAUGUCAAAUGUUAUGCACAUACACUAAAUCUAGCUGCACAACGUGCCCUCAAAAUCACAGCAGUCGCACGCCUGCUGGGAAGGGUGCGACGCAUUGUGAGUUUCUUCAGACGGAGCACCACAGCCAGCCACAUGCUGAAAGAGAAACAGAGGCUUCUACGACUACCAGAGCACAAGUUGAUGACGGAUGUAGUUACCAGAUGGAAUAGUGCGCAUGAUAUGCUGGAAAGAUUCCUGGAGCAACAACCGGCAAUCUGCGCAACCCUGCUCUAGAGUGAAGUCAGGAAGACCGAGAAAGAUCUGUGCACACUGACUGAGUCAGACGUGACAACAGCUGAAGAAGUAGUCAGUGCUCUAAAGCCCAUGAAAGAGGCUACACAGUACAUGUCCAAGGAGAAGACCCCCACACUGUCAGUCGUUGCACCCCUCCAGGACACAUUGAUUAAUGGAUUGAAACCAAUCGAAGGUGAAUCUGCAGUCAUAAAAGAGAUGAAGGCUGCCAUGGCUGGGGAUCUUCAGAAGAGGUACAUUGACCUCAAGGCAACUCUCCAUGCAUGUUCAGCGAUGGAUCCAAGAUUCAAAAGUCUUCCCUUCCUCACAGAAGAUGAAAGACAGGAAGUUUAUGAUGGACUGAUUGUUGAGGCUGCAAGAAUGAGCAUGCAGCCAUCAGAGAUUCUUUGGAGUGUGGAUGAAGAGGGCACAGCAAAUGCUCGUGCUGAUGAUGAGGGGAUGGCAUCUAAAGAAGAUGAAGACGCUGUGGAUGAAGGAGAGCAAUUCAUGGAAGGAGUGCGAAGUCAAGGUCAGCAUCCCCCACCCAGGAAUCCAAGGCCAUCUUGUCCACUGGCUGCCCUUCUUGGUGAACGAUACGGUGGUGGUGCAGCACAAACCAAGAAAAAUACCCAAAAGGACGAGGCCAAGGAGCAGAUGACCCGCUACAAGGAGGCAGAUCUCUUGGAAGUGAAAGAAGAUCCACUGGUCUGGUGGAAGGAGCACCAGUAUCAGUAUCCACUCUUGUCACAACUUGCUAAAAGGUACCUCUGUAUCCCUGGCACUAGUGUUUCCUCUGAGAGGGUCUUUUCCACUGCCGGAGAUAUCAUCACUGCUCAGAGAAGUGCACUUCUUCCAGAGCAUGUGGAUCAAAUUAUUUUCCUGAACAAAAAUCUGAAGACAAUGUAGAUCACUUGGACUGCAAUUAUGUGGAGAAGGGAGUUUGUUUAGUGUUCACUUAAGGCCUUAAGCUACUUUGCUAAGAUGGGUAAAACAUUUUUCAACUUGAAUUAUUGUCUGGCUGCCAUGGUUUAUUUUUUUCUGCUGGCUAGACUGGCUACCUCACAUACAUGUAGGCUUACAGGCCUUAAAAUACUCAGCUUAAGUUUUAAGUUAAAUGUUCUUACUAGUGACAUUUAGUAGCCAUGGUCCUACUAUGUUUACUUACCUGACGGCUAGACUGUUCAGAACAGGCCACUUGCACUUUAACUCCAUUGUUAAUUGCUAAUUGCAAUCUUGCACUUUAUUUACUUUUCAAAGGCUUGUAAGCUACAGUUUGCACUGUUUCAAUAAAUACUUUUCUCAACACAUCUUUGAUUAAUUUUGUCCAGCAUUUAUUUUGCAAGCUGUCUGAUGUUUUUUGAGUUUUCAUUUCAAUUAAUUAAAUCCAAGUAAAUGAAACGCUCACAAGAUGUCAACAAAAUCACUCUGUGCCCUUUAAAUCUAUCAGAAAAUGAUGUAAAAGUAUCAAAUUAUAUAGAAUCGUAUCGAAUCGCAUCGUUGGCUGAAUAUCGUGAUAUAUAUUGUAUCGUGAGCUGAAUAUCGGGUAUCGCAUCGUAUCGUGAGAUUAGUGUAUCA